GGCAGUGCCGUAUCGAUCGUUACACUGGCAAGUUGGUUCAUUUUAUAGCUUCACUUCUUCGCUACAACAAUGGUAGGAAGCAUUUGUGAAAGUGGGAAAUAUUUUCCAGUCGGGUUGAUUGGUAUACUUUUAAUUGGUGCUACCCUAGGCAGUCCUUUGCCCCAGCAGGACGAAAUUAGUAACGAGAUUGAUCAAGUGGCCACCCUGAUCACAACGACCAGUAGCAGCAGUAGUGGCAGUAGUACCAGCAGCACUACGACAGAGUUCCCAUAUGAGGCAGUAGCAAAGAUUUACUCAUCGCCGCCGGACAAGGUGGGAACUUUGCAGUAUUCGUCCGGUGUACAUAAAUUCCGGAUUGGUCCUAAUGAGAACGAACAGAAGCGUUUGCUCGAGGAGUAUUACUACCAUUUCGAAAGGGUGGAAAAGAAUCUUCCACCGACUACGAGAAAAUACAAUUUUGAACCUCCUAAGAAAUAUUGA